UGCCGGAAUCCGUUUCCAUUCCACCGCCGGAUGUGUGUUCCAAUUAUUCCGAUAACCCACCAAUUGAUUCGAUAAAUUCAAAUUCAUAAUUCCAUUAUGAAAUCGGAAUGGUGUAGUAAUUGUGGAACAAGAAGUAAGACUUUUAAGGUCGACUUCACAGUAAGCCGUAAAAUAUGCGGCCGAGUUCUUUUUGAGGAUACACAGAAGGAGGAAAUUAAGAGGCGAAUAGAUGAUUGGUAUGCUACUGACUUGGGGAAUUCGUUGACUAGUUCUAUUUCUACCUUGUCCAAUAUAGUGAUCGAUGAAAGUGAGUCCAACUUAGAUGGUAGCCCGUCCUCGUCCAAUUCGUUCAUCGAGCAGCGAAUUGUUGAAAUCGAGCCUACAUUGUCGACCCUAACGCAAAAGUAGGUGGUGAG